GGAUCCGGACGCAUCCCAUAUCUCCUCCUCCCCCUCUCGUCUCCUGACCUAAUCUCGUGCUCCGGGCUUCAAUCGGCUGCCGCGUUGUAGUUGCGCGUCGCCGCCGAAGCCUGACACGCCAUCCGACCGGAGUCUCCGCCGCCCUGCCGCCCUGCCCCCCCCCCCCCCCCCCCCCCCCCCCCCCCCCCCCCCCCCCCCCCCCCCCCCCCCCCCCCCCCCCCCCCCCCCCCCCCCCCCCCCCCCCCCCCCGCCCCCCUUCAGGCCUCGUGCAGGCCGUUCCUCCUGCUCCGCCCUCCCUCGUGCGAACCUCCAUCCGCCCCGGCGGGUAUUCGUGUAGCGCCGGCCGUCCGGGGCUGCGCCGCGUCACUAGGGCAUCAACAUAGUCAAUUGGAGAGGCUUGGAGCUGCUUCAGCAUCCUCAGGAGAGCAGCAAACAAGAUAUGGAUUCAGUGCCACUCACUGCUGAAGCUAUUGCUUUUACUGAGAAAAAGAUGGACAUGACUCUGGAGGAUAUUAUUAAGAUGUCAAAGAAAAAAGGUCCUGCAGGCAAGAAAGCCCCUAGACAGCAGGUAAAAAAGCGUCCUUUUCAGAAUGGUAACAGUAAUCAAGGGAAGGCAAAGGUUCAGCGAUUUCAUGAGUCUAGAUCAUCUAUACGACAAGGUGUUCUGGCACAAAGGAGGUCAAAUCUUGAUGCAAAUCAGUUCCAAAUCACAAAGCAGGCUGCAAACAAGGCUGCUACUAUGCCUGUGCGCGGUAGGGCUGACAGAUGGAACAAACCAAGUGGCCCGUCUACCUCAGCACAGAGGAGGCCCGUAAGCGAGGCUCUUCAGAACAGCAAGGGUAAGGAGAUGCAGAAUGAGCCUCCAAGGACAAUGGAUGCGCUCUUUGCACAGAUGAAGCAGCAACGGAUGAGGGUCAUGCCACCGCAGCAACCAAAAGCUCCUACCAAUGGCCAUCAGUUUAACCAGCAGCGGCGUGGUCAGCAGCAGCGGCGAGGCAGAGGGGGAUAUGGUGUCCGCAGCGGUGGUGGUAACCGAUGAGCAUGGCACCCAUAUAGAACAUUAGAGCCCUUAUCACUGGUGUUCCUCGGAAGGGAGAAGCCUCACCCCUGGAAUUCUACCUGGCCAUGUGUUGCCUCUCGUAUUUGUAUUCUCUGCGAGCUGUGAACAGAAUCUUAACUGAAGUUUACAGGCAGUUUUCUAGUCGCUUGUUUCAAGUUUCAAUUUCCGAUGUGUAAUGGUCGAUGGAAUGUACGGGAAUUGUUUGCUAGUCCUUUGGUUCCUACCGCAUUAUUACAUAUGGGGAAUUGGUAUAUUAUUA